AAGGAAGCAGUUCAACAGAUGAAUUAUUAAUAGAAACCCCACUUAGAGAAUCCUUUGUAAAUCUUGAAGAAAUUAUUAUCUCUGACAAAUAUUCAAAUAAUUCAUCAGAAUCGUACCCUGACCAAUCAGAUAUUCAGUCUCAGGAUUCAGACGACGAUAGCGCAGUAUUGGUUAUUCAGAAAAAUUCAAAGCAAAUAUUAAAAAAUGAGGUUUAUAAAUUUCCAACUUCAAGUCAUAAUACAAAAUUAAUUAGCGAAUAUUCAAAUAAGAAUUUUUAA